AUGAAGAUGUGGGCAAACCAAGGGACCACUUGGCGGGUGGAGUGGGGCUGGAUUGAAGGUCCAGCUGGCCCCUGGUGGGCACUGGUGCAAGGCACAACCUGCACCACUGCAGCAGUAACUUUCCUCCAGCAGCUCCCCAGCCCCGGCACCAUGGUGCUGAGAACCACCCAGACCCCUGGGUGCGCAUCCAGCUGCCAAAGUGUAGAUGAUGAUUUGGGGAAAAAGUGCUUGGAGCUCUUCCAAAGUGACCUCAUCCCUGAAUCAUCCCUGGCAGCAUCUGGCCUUUCUUGGCUCACAUGGGGUUCCACCUUUGGGCAUUUUCUUUCAUUCAGCUCUUCAGGUCAAAACACAAGCAGUCAGGAGAUUCAUCCAUCUAAUUCAUCCUACACCUCCGAUCUGAGUGACUCACUCAGCUCGGCUCUCUUGAGGAACAGAACUUUUUGUUCACGUUCGGAUUCUGGAAUAUCAUCCCUGCUUCCAUCAGAUUCUUUUAAAUACCUUACUUGGCACAAGGUAGAACAAAAUGACAUCCAAGGAAGUCAACUGCGUUGCCCAAGAGUAAGAGAAGGACCCUCUGCGGAAGAGCUGUUCUUCAGACAGGAGUGUACCUUGCCUCCACGGAAAAGAGUCCUUGAAAAAAACAAAUGGGAAACAUGGUUGCAAGAAAACUGGGAGGACUGCAAGAAUUUGAACCUUUCAUUUCAGGAUUUGGGGGACCCUUAUCAAGUUGCAAAUUUUAACAGGAUUCUUAGAAGACUAAUUCGAGUUGAAACCCUCUGGUUAGUGGAUAAUUCACUGGUGGAUUUAAGUGCUGCAAGAUUGCCAAGCUGCAGAGUUUUAAAUAUGAACAAAAACCAUCUCACAUCUUUCAAACAAUUGCCAAAGAUACCUCAGAUACAGCAUUUAUCCUUGGCUGAAAACCAUAUUGAGACUCUGGCUGGGCUCUCCAGUUUGCGGUGCACGCCAUUGGAAUCCCUUACGCUCAAGAGGAACCCUUGUGAGUUUCACCAAAACUACCGGAAACGAUCCUCCAAUAAGAAGACAGCACAGUUCAAAAGAGAAAGGACUUAA